AGUUUAGUCGAGUACAGACGACUUUUAAAACCUUCGCGACUUCAAAACAAACAAGCAGAAGAAAAAGAGGCAAUACCAGCAUCCAGUGACCAUCUGUAAAGACGAGGCCAGUCCCAGAGAGCCUCAACUCAGCUUCUACCUCUGAAGUGGAAGCCUGUGAACUCUCCGAGAAUACACCUGCAAGGUGUUUGCUCAUCCUCUGUCAGAAACUUCCACCUCGCUAUGACCUGACUGAUGCAGUCUGAUCUCUCCAGGACUACAUAGAAAACUGCACAGUAUUUUUUUAUAUACACUGACUGUUGACAGGAUUGAAACGUAGAAUAACUGAAAACCAUGGGCAAUUUCAAAGGACAUGCACUUCCUGGAAGUUUUUUCCUCCUCUUUGGCCUGUGGUGGUCAGUGAAAUAUCCUAUGAGGUACCUCUGCAGAAAGAAUAAAAACGUUUGUUACUUGGUAUCAAUCUCAGGGCAUCGACGAUUAGACAUCAUUGAAGGAAUUGUGAAAGCCAGCUUUGCACUAAUAGGCAUGAUAGCAGAGCAGUUUGUUCCUGAUGGGCCCCAUCUGAAGCUUUAUAACUACGAAGAAAAGCAUUGGGAUCACCUGAUGAACUGGCAGCAUGCAACUAUGUAUCUCUUCUAUGGCAUCUCAGGGAUUGUGGACAUUAUAGUCCAUAUAACGCCUGCAGUGCCAUUAGCUCUUGACAGGCUCAUGCUUGCCAUUGCAGUCUUCAUUGAAGGUUUUUUGUUUUAUUACCAUGUUCAUGGUCGUGCGAUGCUUGAUAUUCAUGUGCACAUCCUGCUGUUGGUGGCCGUGUUUGGUGGUUCUCUUAGCAUCUUUCUUGAAGUUUUCCUCCGGGGGAAUAUAGUACUGGAGCUUUUGAGGACAAGCCUUUGUAUACUGCAGGGCAGUUGGUUCUGGCAGAUUGGAUUUAUUCUGUAUCCUCCAAAUGGAAGCUCUGAAUGGGACCAAACUAGUCAUGAUAAUAUGAUGUUUAUUACCAUGUGUUAUUGCUGGCAUUAUGCUAUUUCACUCCUCAUUGUGGCUCUUAGCUAUGCCAUUGUCAAUUGGGUGAUUAAUACAAAGUUAAAAAAGGUCGAGCCUCUGGAGAUGGGACUGUUGAAGUCAUCAGAAAAAGAUCAAGAAGUUGAGGAUGAAAUAUAGUCUUAUAAAUAUUGCAGUUUGCUACCAUUAUGCCUUCUUUAUGUAUAUAUUCUUUUAGAAUCUUUAAUGUUUUCUGAUGUUAAACUCUUUCAUAAACCUGAACCUGUGUCUACAAAGGAGCACAUGUAUUGAACGAUCAUGUGUUUUGCAUUGAAAUGGACGGAUUUAGGUACUUUUUUUUACUGCUGUCUUUUAUUCCUAUCAAAUCAACUAGUGAAAAGAGUGACAUUUGUGAUCUUUACAAUAAUCAAAACUUGACCCUGAUUUCCAAAAGCUUGAGUGACAAGUGAAAGGGGAAAUACACACUUCAGUUUGUCUUUUAUUUUCUAUGUUUAAAAACUCAUGUCUAAGUAUGAACAAGUCCUGAAAGAAAAUAACAAUCUUUUGACAAUAAUGCUUCAAAAGAACUAGAAAACUUCAGAAAGCAUUUUGCAAAUGAAGAGCACAAGGAUGAAAUUAAUUUAUACCAAUAAUGCAGCAAGGAUUUAUAUUAAACUUGCAUCCUAUCGUACAUCCAUUAAAAAAGAGAAUUCAGUUUAGAUUAAAAUGGGCUGCCAAGUUAUCAUGAGUUCGUUUUGUACUACCAUCUCUUCAAAAGUCAAAGGAAGAUUUUGGUGCUCAAAACUAUAA